AUGUCGUUGUCUCGCGUAUCUCGCGUGUCUCGCUCCUUUCUGAACCUGGACGAUGAAUCUGAAUCUCUCUCCCUUGAUCUGGAAUCAUACCUUGGGUUUUCUUAUUUCGAACGCGAAUCCCUUCCUGCUGAAUUAAUUGGGAUACCUGACACUCCAUCGCGAGAUUCGCUGGGAGUUCCUCCGCUGCCUGAAUUAGCGAGUCCUGAGCAUGGAUUCUCUAUGGUUGCGGUGUUGUUUGGAGGCGGAGUUGGUGGUACACUUGAUCGUCCUCAUGUUGGUCAUUCAUAUGCGAUUCAGAUCUGUCAGGUGUCCCUUCUUGAGAUUGUCGAGGAGAGUUUCGUGGUGAGGGGAUUGGAGUUCCAUCUCCUUGUUGAUUUUGCUGAUUCAACUGCUGUUGAUUUUGUUGGUUUUAAAGAAGCUAUGGGCUCAUCUUUCAGUUGUUGUGGAGAUGAAAAGGUUGAAGAAGGGCCAAACAAUGAAAUGGGUGGUGGAAAUUCUUGGAGAAUAUUCACAUACAAGGAAUUAUAUGCAGCAACAAAUGGAUUCAGUGAGAAUAACAAACUUGGAGAAGGAGGUUUUGGCAGUGUCUAUUGGGGUAAAACCUCUGAUGGUCUUCAGAUAGCAGUUAAGAAGCUAAAAUCAAUGAAUUCCAAAGCAGAAAUGGAAUUUGCUGUGGAAGUUGAAGUGCUCGGGAGGGUUAGACACAAAAAUUUGUUAGGUCUAAGAGGCUAUUGUGCUGGGAAUGAACAAAGGUUAAUUGUGUAUGAUUAUAUGCCAAAUCUGAGUUUACUCUCACAUUUACAUGGUCAUUUAUCUAAAGAAGUUCAAUUGGAUUGGAAGAAAAGAAUGAAAGUUGCUAUUGGCUCUGCAGAAGGUCUCUUGUAUUUGCAUCAUGAGGUUACACCCCAUAUCAUUCACAGAGAUAUCAAAGCUAGUAAUGUUCUCUUGGAUUCAAACUUUGAGCCAUUAGUUGCUGAUUUUGGUUUUGCAAAAUUAAUCCCUGAAGGGGUUAGUCACAUGACGACACGUGUCAAAGGAACAUUGGGAUAUCUAGCACCAGAAUAUGCUAUGUGGGGUAAAGUCUCUGAAAGUUGUGAUGUCUAUAGUUUUGGAAUUCUUCUCCUUGAGUUAAUCACAGGGAGAAAACCAAUUGAAAAACUUCCAAAUGGUAUUAAAAGAACAAUUACAGAAUGGGUUGAAGCAAUGAUAGCUAAAGAAAAAUUUAAGGAUCUUGUUGAUCCUAAAUUAAAGGGAAAUUUCGAUGAGUUUCAGUUGAAACAGUCGAUUCGUGUAGCAGCGUUAUGUGUUCAGAGCGAGCCUGAUAAACGACCGACUAUGAAAGAAGUUGUAAGUAUAUUGAAAGGAAAAGAGAUGAAUUUUGUGAAGGUAAAUCAAAAUUUGAGAAUUCAAAGUGUUAAAUAUGGAGAUGAUUUAAUGGCUAUGGAUCAAGAUGAUGAAUCAAAUGAUGAAAGUAGUGAUCAAGGGAAUGAAAGUAGUGUUUAUGGUGUGUUUGGUGCUAUGGAAAUGCAAAAAAUGCAAGAUCCUUACAAACGUUUUGGAGAGAAAUAAGGUGUGAGAAGUCGGAUGAAAACAGUCGUUCGUUUGUGAUUUAACUACACAGUGUUUGGGUGCGAUUAAGUUGAUCUGAACACCAUUAUCGUCCAGAAAGAAAUUUAAUUACAUGAUAUGUUAUUUUAAGCUAUUAAUGACAUUCCAAUGCACAAUGUCGAGGAAUUAAACUUUUGAGGGCUAUUUAGGUAUUAAUUCUUUUCUUGAGUUUUUAUGUAAUUUUUCUAAUGUAAGACA